GAACGUUCCCAGGUUGAUAUGCCUAUAGCUUCACAGAAUCGACAGCUAAACAAAAUCCAGUUCAGCCUACCCUCGUCUCCGCCUUUGACGCAGUGGAAUGAUAUAGACGAGUCAACCUUCUGCAAUGCUACGACCCUUCAAGGUCAAGACUGCACACACCAGCUGUGCGCAUGCGUGCACGUGGUCAGCGUAGCCACGGGUCAGCUGGUCGAGAUGGUAUUCGUCAACGAGGGGAUGGGGGAGCUGACGGGCGUGCAUCCGGUACACCUGCAUGGCUACUCUUUCCGGGUCGUCGCCAUGGGGUUGAUAAAUAGCAACGCCACAGUGUACGACGUGGAGGCAAUGGACAAUGCAGGGGAGAUAACAAGAAGAACUAAAUUCGCUCCUUUAAAAGACACAGUUAUCGUUCCUCCGAGCGGCUAUACAAUUGUUAGAUUCAAGGCAGAUAACCCAGGUGUGUGGAUGCUACAUUGUCACUUCGAGUUUCACGUGGUCGAGGGGAUGGCCUUGUUGCUCAAAGUGGGUCAGCCCGAGGAGUGGGCACGUGCACCAGAGGGGUUCCCAAAAUGUGGACACUGGAACAUUCAAUAAAAUGAACUUUUAAAAAAAAA